CCCAUCCUUGACUCCCCUUUGUAGUUUGUACCCAGAAUGUCGUGUCACUUCCGCGAUUCACAAGACUGAAAGGCUCGGCAUCACAGAAGAAGAAGAGAGAACCAGGAUAAAAACAACGACAAAGAAAGCAACCCGACAACAAGAAGAACAAGCCAGUGAAUCACAAGCUCAACUCCUCAAGUCAGACAGAGAGAGAGAGAGAGAGAGAGAGAGAGAGAGAGAAGAAGAGAGGCUUCAACUCUCUUUCUGUUCAUCUUCUGCUCUUUUUAUGCGUCUCCUAAAUUGUGCUCCUUUUUGAAACAAGAUCAACAACAGGGUCAGCUUUCACAAACAAAAGCAAAGUAUAUAAUCAAAACAGAGGAGGAAGAAGAAGAAGAAGACAUGGGUAUUCUACACGACGAUGUGGUAAUCAUUACAGAGCCAGAGAAAGAAGGCGGCCCAAGUGUGAUUACCAUAAAUUGCCCAGACAAAACCGGCUUGGGCUGUGACUUGUGUCGCAUCAUUCUCUUCUUUGGUCUUAGCAUUGUCAGAGGAGAUGUAUCAACGGAUGGGAAGUGGUGCUUCUUAGUGUUUUGGGUGGUUGGGAACUCAGGAACAAGGUGGGAUUUGUUGAAGAGGAGGUUAAUGGAGACUUGUCCAUCUUUUUCUUCAGCUUCUGGGAUUUCCUUUUACCGCUAUGAAUUGCAGCCUCCAAAGCCUCCAGAUGUGUUCCUUCUCAAGUUCUGUUGUUAUGAUCGGAGAGGGAUUUUACAUGAUGUGACAGAGGUUCUAUGUGAACUCGAGCUCACCAUAAAGAAAGUCAAGGUAUCCACCACCCCGGAUGGGAAAGUGAUGGACCUGUUUUUCGUCACAGACACUAGGGAACUUCUGCAUACAAAUAAGAGAAAGGAUGAGGUAUCUGACCACUUAAAAGCUGCUACGGGCAAUGCCAUGAUAAGUUGUGAUAUUGAAAUGGUUGGUCCAGAGAUUACUGCAUGUUCACAGUCAUCUUCAUUUCUCCCUUCUGUUCUUAUGGAGGACAUGUUUCAUUUGGAAAUGCCUGAUGAACUCCCAAGUGGACAAGUCACCUCUAGCUGUGUUUCUGUGAAUAUGGACAAUUCGCUCAGUCCUGGCCACACACUGGUCCAAAUCGUUUGCAAAGAUCACAAAGGCCUCCUUUAUGAUAUAAUGAGAACUCUAAAGGAUUAUAAUAUUCAGAUCUCUUAUGGUCGCUUCUCUACAAAACAAAGAAGAAACUGUGAGAUUGACUUGUUCAUCGUGCAAGCUGAUGGAAAGAAGAUAGUUGAUCCAAGCAAGCAGAAUGCGUUGACAUCUCGUUUGCAGAUGGAACUACUUCGUCCUCUCAGAGUAGCUGUUGUUAGCAAAGGUCCUGAUACAGAGCUCCUGGUUGCUAAUCCGGUGGAAUUAUCUGGGAAAGGCCGGCCUCUUGUUUUCCAUGAUAUAACCCUUGCUCUCAAGAUGCUGGACACUGGCAUAUUUUCGGCUAAGAUUGGAAGGCAUUUAGUUAAAGAUCGGGAAUGGGAAGUUUAUAGAAUCUUGCUUGAUGAAGGAGAUGGCUUGCCAGUUCCAAGGAACAAGAUUGAAGAAGGAGUUUGGAAGAUGUUGAUGGGUUGGGAGUGAUAACAAAUGCCAUCGCCAUUGCUCUUGGAUUGCUGCCCGCUACUGUACAGCUUACUUCUCCGUGCUACCACAUCACUGAAUGCAAUUGAUGGGAUAUAUAUUGUUAAAAGGCUAAACCAGUUGCAUAGUUCGACAUCACAACUUCUGUAUAGUAUGAAUGAGAGCAAAUCAGUAGUGAAGACAUGGAAAAGGAGAGUACAAGUACAGUUCCCAUGGCACUUGCAUAUUGUUGUACAAAGGUAUAUAAUGGUGCCAUUUCUAUCAUGUUAUUAUAGUUUUAAGUAAUCCUCUAGUGAUGUGGUUGGUAGAAGUUAGGACCAAAUGUGCAGUUCACAAUUCCAGGCAGUCUUAUCUAUAUUGUAUAUAGCUCUGUAGGCUAAAAUGCUGAAUUAUAACAGAAAUCUCGUUGCUAUUGGCAAGUGGAGUUCCUUCA